CCUACUUACCCUUUUCCGACCCAAAACCUACAACAUAUCCCACAGUAAAAAGAAACUGCACCAAAAAAUGGACCUCGAAACCUCCUAUAACACCCAUCCCGACCCCACCUCCUCCUCCAGCUCCCUCGCCGCCCCGCACUCCCCAACAGCAACGAUGACCCCCCCAUCCGAAAUCGACGCCCCCCCUCCAGCAGGAACAGCAACCACAAACGCCCUAGACGAUAUCUUCGGCUCCUCCCCCCCAGCAGCCCUCUCCACUACCACCACCACUACCGCUCAGCAACCCUCCCAACACGACACCCCCACAUCAAAUGAACCCUCCGAGCUGCCGUCCCUCCGCAGACAGCACGUCACAGCGGGCUACCGCGACGGCAUCGCGGCCUCGAAAGGCGAGCAUGUGCAGAAUGGGUUUGACGCGGGAUUCCCCGUAGGCGCGCAGCUGGGGAUGCGCGCGGGCACUGUGCUUGGGAUCUUGGAGGGGUUGGUGCGUGGGUUUGAGGCGCGGGUGGGGGGUGGGGCUGUUAAGAAGAUUGGGUCCAGUUCUUCUUCUUCUGCUGGUGGUGAUGGUGUGUCGGAGGAAGAAAGGAGAGCGAAGAAGGAGGAGAUCCUGGCGCUGUAUCGACGGGCGGUGAGGGAGUUGGAUGUGCGGGGGGUGUUUGCAGGUGCGGAUGAGGCGCUGCGGGAGGAUGGAUCGGGGGAUAUGGAGGGGGGGGAUAACGAGGAGAAGAAGAAACCGGAGGACAGGCUUGCGAAGACAGGGGCGGGCGUUGUGGAGGGGUGGGAGACGAGGGUGCGCAUUGCGCGGUGGGAGGAGAAUAUGGAGGCUUUGGAGGAGAAGGAUUCGAACCUAGCUGAGCUGAGCUGAGCUGAACUGGACUGAACAAGAUUGGCUUGGUUUUUUUGAAGUGUCCUUGCUCGCUGUUCGUCGUGUUCUGCGCUUUUGUGGUCGCGGUACUG